GCAGAGGAGGGAACCCGGGCCGUCGCGAUCGCUGAGACAAAGCCGCGUCUGGGGGACCGGCCGGGGGAUGGGCCCGGGGCUUUGUGGCGCCCCAGCCCGUCGUGAGUGAGGGCCCUGCGGACCUGUGUGCCGCCGCCUCGCAACAGGUCCGCUGCCUCCCGGCCGCCUCGCUCUCCACUCCCCUUCCCCGCACCGCGACCCCCGGGCCGCCUCAUCUUGGCCCGGGCCGUGGUCCGGCCAUCCGUUUCGAUGCGGUUCGGGUCCAAAAUGAUGCCGAUGUUUCUUACCGUGUACCUCAGUAACAAUGAGCAGCACUUCACAGAAGUUCCAGUUACUCCAGAAACAACAUGCAGAGAUGUGGUGGAUCUGUGCAAAGAACCUGGCGAGAACGACUGCCAUUUGGCUGAAGUGUGGUGUGGCUCUGAACGUCCAGUUGCUGAUAAUGAGCGAAUGUUUGAUGUUCUUCAACGAUUUGGAAGUCAGAGGAAUGAAGUUCAUUUCUUCCUUCGUCAUGAACGCCCCCCCAGCAGGGACAUUGUGAGUGGACCAAGAUCUCAGGAUCCCAGUUUAAAAAGAAAUGGUGUAAAAGCUUCUGCUGAACCUCGAAGAAAAGAGAACGGCGUUAAUAGUCCUAGGAUGGAUUUGACUCUUGCUGAACUUCAGGAAAUGGCAUCUCGCCAGCAGCAACAGAUUGAGGCCCAGCAACAAAUGCUGGCUACUAAGGAACAACGUUUAAAGUUUUUGAAACAACAAGAUCAGCGUCAGCAGCAACAAGCUGCUGAGCAGGAGAAGCUUAAGCGACUGAAGGAAAUAGCUGAGAGUCAGGAAGCUAAGCUAAAAAAAGUGAGGGCUCUGAAAGGCCGUGUGGAGCAGAAGAGGCUGAGCAACGGGAAGCUCGUGGAGGAAAUUGAACAGAUGAAUAGUUUGUUCCAGCAGAAACAGAGGGAGCUCGUUCUGGCUGUGUCAAAAGUAGAGGAACUGACAAGACAGCUGGAGAUGCUCAAGAAUGGCAGGAUCGACGGCCACCACGAUAACCAGUCUGCUGUGGCGGAGCUGGAUCGUCUCUACAAGGAGCUGCAGUUAAGAAACAAAUUGAAUCAAGAGCAGAAUGCCAAGCUACAACAACAGAGAGAGUGUUUGAACAAGCGUAAUUCAGAAGUGGCAGUCAUGGAUAAGCGUGUUAAUGAGCUGAGGGACCGGCUCUGGAAGAAGAAGGCAGCUCUACAGCAAAAAGAAAACCUACCAGCUUCAUCUGAUGGAAAUCUUCCCCAGCAAGCGGUAUCAGCCCCAAGCCGUGUGGCUGCGGUAGGACCCUAUAUCCAGUCCUCUACUAUGCCACGGAUGCCCUCAAGGCCUGAACUGCUGGUGAAGCCGGCCCUCACAGAUGGUUCCUUGGUCAUGCAGACUUCAGAGGGGCCGAUGAAAAUACAGACACUGCCCAAUAUGAGGUCGGGGGCUGCUUCCCAAACUAAAGGCUCUAAAAUGCACUCAUUCGGUCCUGAUUGGAGCCCUUCCAAUGCAGAUCUUUUCCAAAACCAAAGCUCAGCUUCUGUACCUCAGAGUGCUGGGAAUACUCUGGACCAAGUUGAUGAUGGAGAGGUUCCACUGAGGGAGAAAGAAAAAAAAGUGCGUCCCUUUUCAAUGUUUGACACGGUAGACCAGUCUGCUGCCCCACCCUCCCUCGGUACUCUGAGGAAGAACCAGAGCAGUGAAGACAUCUUGCGGGAUGCCCAGGCUUCCAAUAAAAAUGUAGUUAAAGUACCACCUCCUGUUCCUACCAAACCAAAACAGAUUAAUUUGCCUUAUUUUGGACAAACUAAUCAGUCACCUUCGGACAUGAAGUCAGAUGGAAAUCCUCAGCAAUUGCCAACAAUGGUCAUAUCCAUGGGAAGCCAGCCCCAGCCUGCAGGGCGGCCACCCAGAGCCCUGCUGCCAUCCAGCGCGCCUGCACCUGGCCAAGAGCAAGCCCUUCCUCCGGGCUCAAAGCAGGAGAGUCCACCUGCUGCUGCUGUCCGGCCCUUCACUCCCCAGUCUUCCAAAGACACCCUACUUCCUCCCUUCAGAAAACCCCAGACUGUGGCAACAAGCUCGAUAUAUUCCAUGUAUACACAGCAUCAGGCUCCAGGGAAAAACUUCCAGCAGGCCGUGCAAAGUGCUUUGACCAAGACACAUACCCGAGGGCCACACUUUUCCAGUGUAUAUGGCAAGCCUGUGAUUGCUGCUGCCCAAAAUCAACAACAGCACCCAGAGAACAUUUAUUCCUCCAGCCAGGGCAAGCCUGGCAGUCCAGAACCUGACACUGAACCAGUUUCCUCAGUUCAGGAGAACCAUGAAAACGAAAGAAUUCCUCGACCACUCAGCCCAACCAAAUUAUUGCCUUUCUUAUCUAAUCCUUAUCGAAACCAGAGUGAUGCUGACUUAGAAGCCCUACGAAAGAAAUUGUCUAAUGCACCAAGGCCACUAAAGAAACGUAGUUCUAUUACAGAGCCAGAAGGUCCUAAUGGGCCCAAUAUUCAGAAACUUUUGUACCAGAGGACCACUCUUGCUGCCAUGGAGACCAUCUCUGUCCCAUCGUACCCAUCUAAGUCAGCUUCACUGAUUGCCAGCUCAGAAAGCCCAGUGGAAAUCCCAAAUCCAUAUUUACAUGUAGAGCCCCAGAAGGAAGUGGUCUCUCUGAUUCCUGAACCAUUGUCCCCAGAGGCUGUGGGGAGUGCCAGUCCAGAGAACAGUGACAUGCCAAUUCCUUCUUCAGGCCUUGAUCGUGUGCCUGAAGGAGUCCCAGACAGUAGCUCUGAUCUCCAGCAGAAUGUGGAAGAACCAAAUCCAGAGGCUCCCCGUCUGCUUGAGGUGUACCUGGAGGAGUACCCUCCCUACCCACCUCCACCGUACCCUUCUGGGGAACCUGAGGGGCCUGGAGAGGAUGCUGUGAGCAUGCGCCCCCCUGAGAUCACUGGGCAGGUCUCUCUGCCCCCUGGCAAAAGGACAAACUUGCGUAAAACCGGCUCAGAGCGUAUUGCUCAUGGAAUGAGGGUGAAGUUCAACCCCCUUGCUUUACUUUUAGAUUCAUCUUUGGAGGGAGAAUUUGACCUUGUACAGAGAAUUAUUUAUGAGGUCGAUGACCCAAGCCUGCCUAAUGACGAAGGCAUCACAGCACUUCAUAAUGCUGUGUGUGCAGGGCACACAGAAAUCGUUAAGUUCCUGGUACAGUUUGGUGUAAAUGUAAAUGCUGCUGAUAGUGAUGGAUGGACUCCACUGCACUGUGCUGCCUCGUGUAACAAUGUCCAGGUGUGUAAGUUCUUGGUGGAGUCAGGAGCCGCUGUGUUCGCCAUGACCUACAGUGACAUGCAGACUGCUGCAGAUAAGUGUGAGGAGAUGGAGGAGGGCUACACCCAGUGCUCUCAGUUUCUUUACGGAGUGCAGGAGAAAAUGGGCAUUAUGAACAAAGGACUCAUCUAUGCACUUUGGGAUUACGAACCUCAGAAUGAUGAUGAACUGCCCAUGAAAGAAGGAGACUGCAUGACCGUGGUCCGCAGGGAGGAUGAAGAUGAGCUUGAGUGGUGGUGGGCGCGCCUGAGUGACAAGGAAGGAUAUGUUCCACGCAACCUGCUAGGACUGUACCCAAGAAUUAAACCAAGACAAAGGACUUUGGCCUGAAACUUUACAGCAUUUUAGUUAAUGAAGAAUUGAUAUCUAUUAUCACUAAGAAGAAUACACUUGUUUUUGGCAAAAAUUUUAAAAGACUUGUUUUGAUGACUGUGUAGCUUCAAAGCAGCAAAGAAUGUCUCUGGAAGAAAAUGAAGGAUUAAACAUUUCACUACUAGAGGACGGUCAGCGUGAGGAAAUGGAAUUCACAAGGGAGCGGACCGUACUGUGUUGGGGCAAAGGUGUUCCAUGUAGUGCUCAGAAAAAUAUACAGUGACAAUCCUGUUUUCUGUAAGAAAUAGGACGUUUUAUUGGACUAUUGGAAACCAGCUUUACGUCCUGCUUAGUGGGCACUUUCAGCACUUGCUUGUAUGCCAGGAAGGACCAGUGCCAUUAUGGCGCCAUCUCUGCUGUUCCCCUAACACCAGGAGUCCCUCGGGGCCCUGCAUGAGGGCUGGGUGGUGCCAUAUACUUGUAUAUUGUCAGUGAAGAACUGUCAGUUGGUUGUCCAUGAGCAAUAACUUUAUUGUAUGAGUUCUUGUAGCAUCUUAAGAAUUUUACAUACAUUUGAAAUAUUGAAACUAAGCUAUACUUUGAGUAGUUAGAAUCUUGUUUGUAGGCUGAAUUUGAAUUUAUAUUUAUUGUCUUUUGUAUCUCAUAAUUAGAGACUUGGUAUUGACUUACCCAUAACAUUUGUCAAGUUCAUAGCUAGCUUUAAAAAUAACUGAAAUAAAUUAAACUUUUUGA